GCUACGUUAUGCAGUUUAUUAUAAAGUUGACAGCGAAUCGUAAGUCAUGCUCGAUUUAAGGAAUAAAGUCGUUUUUAUAACGGGAGGGUCUGUUGGCAUCGGUGCUAAAGUUGUUGAGUUUUUAUUAGAAGAAAAUGUUAAACACGUCACCAAUCUGGAUAUUGCAGAGGACAAAGGAAUCGCUUUACAAAAUGAAUUAAAUAAAAAGUACGGCGCGAAUAAGGUUAAGUUUAUAAAGGGAGAUGUCACAAAUGAGGACGAUUUAUUUGGAGCAUAUCGGACUACAAUUAAGGAUUAUGGGUAUAUUGACAUAGUUAUAAACAACGCCGGCAUCAUGAAUGAUAGCAAGGAUAAGUUUAAGAAGGAAAUUGAAGUUAAUGUGACUGCACUAGUAGCAAGUACGCUAAAAGCUGUGGACGUGAUGAGAAAGGACGAGGGCGGCAAAGGAGGUGUUGUGAUGAACAUGUCUUCCAUCGCUGCUCUAUAUCAAGAUCCUCUAGUUCCUAUCUACUUUGGUACAAAGAGCGCUGUCUUGCAGUUCAGUAAUUGCCUUGGGCUACCUGAAUACUAUAACAGAACUGGAGUUCGUGUAUUGACGAUUUGUUUCGGUGCCACCGACACCUCGCUCUUAAGCAAAGAAAAAUUGGGUAAUUUUGACAAGGAAGCCGAAAAAAAAAUGCUGGAUAGUAUAUCUAUUCACCGUUUACAAAAGGUCGAGUCUGCAGCACGCGGGGUAGUAGAUGCCAUAAAACACGGUGAAAGUGGAAGUACUUGGCUCUCAAUCGCUGAUAAACCCGUGAGAGAUAUUACAAGCACUAUCAAGAAAGCGUACGGUAUCCUCAGUGAGCUUGUAUUCGAAUCAUGAACAAAAAUCAUAACAAAAUCCUAAAAAUUGUAUUUAGCAAACUACAGAUACUUUGGAGACGUUUUUCAGAUUGUAUUUGUGUGAUAAUACAUACAGUGACUAAAACCAAAAUAAGCUAGUUUACGCUAGUUACCACGUGACUUGAACUGAAAAUUUUAAUAUAUAAAACAUAUUUAUGCAUUUAUCUACUGACUGUGCAAAUGCUUAAAACGUCUUCAAACUGAUUUGGCUGUACUUGUACAUUAAAAGAAAAAGAAACAAUUGAACAAUUUUAAUUCUGUAAUAUAAAUUUACUAUAAUGUGAGAA